AUGGAAAAGGACGACCAGUUCUAUAUCAACCCAUACACAGGCAAACCUCUCAGGAAGAAGCCUGCUCAGAAACCGGCAUCCACGAUGGUACACCCAGAAACCCAUAACGAUGACGAAGUGGACCUCAUCUCGCUGUUCAACACGGGAGCCCACAAGAACCGAAACGCUGCCAAGAGGAAGCCUUCAAUCAGUACCGGUUCUGUGGCAACUGAGGAUCGCGCCAGAACACGUCGGAAGACGACCAAAACAGCUGUUUCUUCUGCGAUGGAAAGCGUCCCGGAGAUGGUGGACCUUAACAACAGCGAAGACAACGAGGAGGUUGAAGAUGAUGAGGGCAUUACUGCCGCAAGCUCUUAUGACUUCGAAACCAAGGUAAAGGCCAUAAUUGACUACAAGAUUGGCGACGACUUGGAGAUCAUGUCAAGGACAAUGCCGCAAACGCACACACCAAGAUCAACAACUUCCGCAUGGACUACGAGGAAAAGAAGGGUCAGGACAUGA